AUGCCGUCCGGCCCGACGAGCACCACGAUGCCUGAGACUUGCAGCCCCGCGCCAUAUGGCAGGGCCUGCGUUGGAUGUUCGCGCGCCAAAUGUAAAUGCUACACCAUGUCCAACGGCAGCGGCAAGUGCGAGCGAUGCCAUCGCCUAGGUAAAGUCUGUGAGCCUCCCGUACAAUUGCGCAAGAAGCGCAAGGCUACUCAGCAUUCCCCUCAACAAUCCCCGUCGCAUCCCACUGCGCCGCCCGAUUCCGACCUGGAUGCUUCCUCCACUGCCCGUCUAGAGGAGAAACUCGACAACCUCGUGUCGCUACUGCGAUCCCAAGGUGUCACGGCCGAUCAGUCAUCUGCGGUCCAGGGCAAUGCUGCGGGCUUCGCGUCUCGGGUUUCACCCGCCUCGGACCCUUCCCGCACUUCUUCUGCCUACCCAUGUGAAGCUACUGGAAACUGCUUCUCGGGCGUCGUUUUUGAGGCCAACGAUAACAACAUUAGCAUGAUACGCACCUCCCAAUCGUCGGAAAACGCGCAGACGCUACAGCUCGUCACGGAAGACAUCGCCGCUCAUGUCAUCACGGGACCUGCUGCCGACGAGCAGCUGAACCACUUUCGUCGCUGCUUCCUCGUCGUCUUCCCCUUCGUUCGCAUCCCACCCUCCAUGGCGUCUGACGAGCUGCGACACCAGAGCCCUUUUCUUUGGCUGGUCAUCAUAUGCGUGACCAACAAGUCCCUGGCUAAGCAGUUCGCCAUAGAGGAGACCAUCUGGUCCAUCAUCUCGCGGCGCAUCGUGACCCAGAGGCUGGCCACUAUGGACCUGCUGCUUGGGCUUGUAUGCUUCACCGCGUGGUCGUACUACUUCAAGCAGGACAGACCCUUCCUGGGAAUGCUUUCUCACCUCGCAAUGUCGGUGGCACUCGAGCUCAACCUGCACAAGGACGUACGCACAAACGUCUCGUGGCGCGGCAAGUUUGGUCGCUUCUGCUCCGAGCAAGCCCAGAAGCAAGCUCCUCGCACCUUGGAUGAGCGAAGGACUAUGUUGGCAGUUUGGAGCCUCACAAGCUGGUACUGGGCAGCAUACCGCAAGGCAGAACCUAUGACUUGGACUUCCUAUUUGAGCUCGUGCCUGCGCACCCUGUCGGAAAACACUGAAUACGACCUUGAUAUGGUCCUUGCUGCCCAUGUCAAGGCUCACCUCAUUGCCAACCAGGUAACAUGCGCCUCCCCGGACGAUGCUCUCGGUGACGGCGACGAUCCUUCGGUUGCAACGCCCCCGUCAGUCUUGAUCAAGGCUCUCCUACGUCAGCUAUCGGACUUUCGCCAAUCCUUGCCGCCACACAUACAAACGCACAGGACCGUGCAGCUCAGUCUCUUGAUGGCCGAACUCACCGUGCGAGCAACCUGCCUCAACGUCCCUCCGCCUGAUGCAAGGGAACGAUCCUCUCCCGGGAGCAACCUGCGCAUUCAGCGCCUCCGAGACCUCGAGGCGACCCUUGUAACGACGGAGCGGUGGCGUGACGUCUUCAACGAAUUUUCCUCGGCUGACAUGGUGGGUGUCUGCGCCGACAACCUGUCGCAGUUCACGCUGUGCCUGGUCGUGGCCUUUCGGCUCACCAUGGUCGGCGCCGACGGCGACGAGCCAGGCUGGGACGCCGAGGAAAUGCGGCGCCGCAUCGACGUCUUUGGCAUGCUCGACCAAGCCUACGAAAAGCUCGCCCAGAUCACCACGGCUGCGGGCAUCAUCGCUGACCAUCCAGGUCCCCGCUUGGGCAUCUGGCAAAAGUCACCCAUGAUGUUCCGCAUGAUGAAGGCGUUGCUGCUGGCCGAGCUGCCGCCCGGAAUGACCCUCCCGGGAAUGGAAGCGGCCGCGGAGGAGAGGGAUCAGCACGCGCACCAGCAGCCUGCGAUGCGGACACCCGAGAGCAUGGAUCAGGGCAACGAAGCCGGUGACGUGUUUGCCGGAAUGAUGCUACCUGACCAAGUCCUCAUGUCCAUGGCCGACGAGCCGUGGCUGUCGGAGCUCUGGGGUCCCAGCUGGGAUACCGGGCAGCAAUCGGCCGCCUUUUUCCCUGUCGAUUUUUCGUUUACGGAUCAGAUGUGA